CUGUUACUUGCACUUGCCGUCGGCUGUAAUGCACUGGCACCUGCACAAAUUUUGAGCCGUCGCGGCAUUGCGAAGGCUGCGGGAGCCGGUGUGGCUGCCUUGGUUGCUCCCCAGGUUGCCAAUGCCAAGGGCAAAGCGAUGCCGCCGCCGAAAGCGGCCAAAAAGGAGAGCAAGAAGGCUGAGGCAAAAACUGCAGCACCGGAUGGCGUCGCAUUGAUGAAGACCCUCUUCGUGCGCGGCGGCGUCUGAGAAAAUCAUCGCAACUCGCCCGUCUGGGCGAUGCGCGGCUUUGCGUCGCUCCGACGCAAUGUCAUACGAGUGCUGGAGGGACCAGCAGUACGCCAUCGAGCAAACGUCGCCUUCCCGCGCAGGACGGCAGCGUGCCCGCGGGUGGCAUCGUCGCGUGGUACGAGAAGAAUCUCGCCAAGGACUUUACCGCGGAUUUCGCCGGCGGCAAGAUCGUCUUCGACCGCAAGCAGUACAUCGGUCUGACGAAGGACAUCCUCGCGUCCGUGCCGGAUUUUACCUACACGUCGCCGAAGCACGACUUCAAGAAGAAGGGCAAGAACCAGGUCACGUGGACGGCCGUGGUCAAGGGCACGCACACAGGCAAGCCCUACUCGCCGCUCAAGGGCGUACCGCCGGCCAAGCCGAACAAGAAGGCCCCCGCAAAGCUCCAGAACGAUCCGGAGGCCAUCACGGUGACUCUCAACGAGGCGGGCCAGAUGACCAAGCUCUCGGUCGCCGCGAUCAAGGGCGGCAAGGGCUUCUCGGGCCCGGUCGGCUUCUACUUACAGAUGGGUGGCGACCCGUCGAAGUUGCCGAAGGCCUAG